GUCUCUGCAAGUCACAGCUGCAAGUUUUCGUGGUGUUUUCGUUUGGUAUCUCGUAUCUAACUUUUUAUUUUAUAAUUAUGGCCGAAAAUAAAAGCAAGCGGUGUCAAAACUUCACGUUUGAUGAAAAGGAUAAACUUGUAAAGUUAAUGAAUACUUUUAAAAAUGUUAUAUUAAAUAAAAAGACGGACGGUACAACAAAUCAAGCGAAGAAUGAAGCGUGGGUGAAUUUGUGCACAAGAUUUAAUUCCACAGGAACCACGGCUAGAAGUAAAGAAUCUCUUAUGAGAGUCUGGGAGAAAAUGAAGACUGAUGCGAAGUUAUACAAAGCACUUAGCAAAAGCAGUCACAAUGGCACAGGAGGUGGCCCAUCGUGUGUUAAAACAGAUAUAAUUUUGGAACAAGUCAGUGACUUGAUGGGCCGAGCAUGUAAAGGCAUAACUGAUGUCCAGGAUUCAGAUGCUGACAAAAUUACUGAAGCCAGUUCAUUACCAAUACUUGGUGAUGAGACAAUGGAAAUUUUAAUAUUUCAAAAUGAAAAUGUUAGUAUUUAUAGAAUUCUCUAUUAUGUAGGUAUAUUAAAAUUAGAAACUGACUGACAAAUAGUCCAAAUGCCGUAGUAGAAAUCAGGGCAAUAAGUUUGUUACAUAUUAUAAUAUUAUAUAAAAGUAAGUUAUGUAUAUUAUUGUGUUUGUUUAAGGAGAUGCUUUCGUUCCUACCAGUGUUUCAAUAGAGGGCUAGACAGAGAAACACUACGGGGCGACAACAACAAAAUGAACUAAACUGGCAGAAUUUUCAAUACAAAAUUAUUUCAGUCAUUUGUAUAGGUGUCGACCCACUGUAUGAUUAUAUUAUAUUUACACUGUGAUUUUUAUAUUAGAAUUUGUUUUGUUACAAUUUUAAUGCAAUACAAGAAAUGUGGAAUAUAUUGAAAAUAACGAUGUUGGGAAUAAUAAUGACAUUGCUCCAACACUGUCAUCACCAACAUCGUCUCAAUUUAUAAAGUCCACAUCUAUAUGGAAAAGACGACAACCAAUAAUUAAAGAAAAUAAGGAUAAAGCUGAAGUUGUUUCAACGUUAUGUGGAGGUUUUAAAGAUUUGAAUUCUAAAAAGGCUUAGAAGAAGAAAUAAAAUUUAAAAGAGAAUUGUACCAGCUGCAGUUAGAAACAGCUAGAAAGGAAUUGGAAAUUAAAACUGAAGUAUGCAACCAAUUAAAAGGUCACACCUUAAACUUUCAAAAUGUAUCAGGAAUACCUAAAAAUGGUUCUGCAAAUAACUAGUUUAAGUAUACUUUUUUAUUAAUUAAAUAUCCCUUACCCAUGCAUAAUCUUUUUAUUAAAUAAAAAGUAUUUAUUUAAUCAAUAUUUUGAGCUCUGUGAUGAAUGAUGUUAUUCUUUUUGUUUGUAAUUUUUGUAAUUCUUUUUGUAACCUACUUAAGUUUUAAUCAAUAUUAUAUUAUUAUUCUCCUUAUUUUUUCUUUUACCUUUAAGGGAUAGCCACUAUCCCCAAGUAAAUGGCUGUCUCCAUACUCCCCUCUUUCAAACUUUCUAUAAAUAUAGCUAUUUUGGUAAAUUGCUGAGUCAUGUGUAGAGCCUGGCCAGCGUGCAACAACAUCCUGGACCAACAACUUUGCUGAUGCAAUUGUUUGGACAUUUAUGGACAUGUAGCCUUUCCUGUUUCUAAAUAGUUCAGCAUCAUCUCCACCUAUAGAUAUAAAUAAUACUUCAUCAGCAUUGCUUGAUAGACUACUAAGAGAAAUGAACUUUUAGUGAAAGGUAGUUAAAUAAAAAUGAGGAAUUUACCUGGUGACUGAAUUUUUACAUGUGUGCAAUCAAUACAGCCUAGUACAUUAGGGAAUCUAGCUAUAUCAUAGAAGUCUAUCUUAACUCUGUCUUGGUCUCUGUUUGUAUCAGGAAAUAUAAUGAAUUCUCGACGUAGGGAAACAAUUGCUUGAGACACUCUCUUUACUAUCCGGCUGGAUGUAGCCAAACUAGUACCACCCAUAUCAGCCACAGCAAGCAAGUGAUUGCCUGUGGCAUAAUAUCUUAAAGCUAUUAAUAAUUGAUUUAUGGGUGGUAUGGAAUUGUUCCUGU